GGAAAGAGAGAGAGAGAGAGAGAGAUAGAUUCAGAGCAGUAUGCUCAGUCUGUGUUAGCAUCUCACUGUGAUGCCAAUGUGUGAAGCCUGAGGUGUUCUUCUGGAUUGACAUCUGUUGACUGUGAAGGCCAUUUGAAUAUAGUGAAUUCACCGUCAUGUUCAAGAAUCCAGUUUAAAAUGAUUUUGCCUGGUGCAUUACCCUGCUGGAAGACGUCACCAUAAGAGCACUCAGACCAGCCUGUAUUGGACCAAUAAUCAUACCACAUUCAAAGUCACUUAAAUCACCGUUCUGGCCUAUUCUGAUGCUCAGUUUGCACUUCCGCAGGUUAUCUUGACCAUGACCACAUGCUUAAAUACUGAUUUUUAUAGUUGCAUGGCUGCAAGUGUAGCAGUCACACCCUCUUAAAAUGGGAAGUCUGCACUCAGAGUGAACCUUCAACACUUUUGUUCACUCCUAUAAUUUACGGUAUUGAGUCCUGUUAAACAUACAAAGAAAAUCCAUAUCCCAAGAUGCAGUGGUGCAGGUGGGCUGGCAGUUGGAAAUCACAACUUCCAACACAGACUGCUGGGCCAGAGAUUGAAGACUCUUUUGACUUUCUUUUUAAAAUCAUCUUGGUUGGUGACUCAGAUGUUGGGAAGACCUGCGUGGUGCAAAGCUUCAAAUCUGGCAUCUUCAUCGAAAAGCAACAAAACACCAUUGGUGUUGACUUUACUGUUCGUACCCUGGACAUUGAUGGCAAGAAGGUGAAGAUGCAGGUGUGGGACACUGCGGGACAGGAGCGUUUCCGCACCAUAACUCAAAGCUACUACCGCAGCGCCCAUGGGGCGAUGGUGGCCUAUGACAUCACUCGACGCAGCACAUUUGAAUCGGUUCCACACUGGAUCAGGGAAGUGGAGCUGUACGGAGCUGCCAGUGUGGUGCUGAUACUCAUUGGUAAUAAGUCAGAUCUCCACACUAAGAGACAGGUGCUCUUCGAGGAUGCUUGCAAUCUGGCAGAAGACAGUGGUGUGCUGGCUGCUCUGGAAACCUCAGCCAAGGAGGCCCAGAACAUAGAGGCCGCCUUCAUACUUAUGGCUCGAGAACUAAUGGCACGCAAUGGUAUGACCAUCAUAAACGAGUCCUCUGAAAACUCUCCUCAGUUCAUGCUGAGUAACAACUCUCACCCGGUUCCUAGUGCCGUGGUUACAGAUAAAAAGUGUGGGUGCCGAGAAGGCUGAAGCAGGGAGUCACUCGAAGAGUGGGAAUGGAGGCCUGAAUACUCAAUUUACCUGUUUCUCUACCAGAGAAUGGGAUGUUAUUUAAAGAGAAACUGUGUGUUGCAACGUGUGUGUGAAUACUGGUUUUGUAUGUUUUGACUUUUUAAUAUUUAACAUGUUGUAAUAUUAUUCUAAGGAUAAUGAAUGUGAUGACAAACCACUCCUCUGCCAGAGGACUCUGUACACAGACUCCAGCACAGUAAACACUACAGUUUUA